AUGUCACUGCAGCAAGUUGUGACUUCCAACGAGUACACGCAUAUUUCCAAGUAUAGAACCAACUCGGAGUAUCCAAUCACUUACCUUUCGCAAGAGGGUGUGAAAUUCGCUAUACGUGGGGCAGGCCAACAACCACUACCCGGCUGUGCAAACAUCAAAAAUGGUAAAACCCUGGACCUGAGCGGACUUACUGAUAUUGAGGUGCAAGAUGGUGUUAUCUCUAUUGGCGCUGGGUGUCGCUGGGGUGCUGUAUAUGAUCGGUUGCAAGAGGAUGGACUGGCUGUGACUGGAGCGAGGUCAGGAAAUAAUGGGAUUGGGGGGUUGGCACUUGCCGGCGGUCUCUCAUUCUUCGGAACUCGCGAGGGGUUCAUCUGUGAUAACGUGGUCAACUAUCAGGUGGUGCUGGCCUCUGGGGAGAUUGUAAAUGCCAACGCGCAAGAGCACAGCGAUCUCUUCGUCGCUAUCCGCGGAGGAGGCAACAACUUCGGCGUUGUCACACGUUUCGACAUACGAACAUUCAAACAAGGACCGUUCUGGGGUGGCGCAGUAUUCUAUUUCCCCGACAGUUUUCCAGGACAGAUCGAAGCGUUGGUUGAUGAAGUAACAAAGGAUGAUGCGGAUGUAGAGACGCAUAUCAUGAUUAGCUUGUUCUUUGCCGCGCAGUUUGGACGUGUGAUGGGGCUUAAUCAGGUGUAUUAUACGAAGGAAGUGGGGAGUCCGAAGGUGUUGGAGCCUUUUACGGGUAUGCAGCCGCAGGUGGAGGAGUGUAAUAAGAUGAGGAUGAUGAGUUUGAAGGAGGCUGCUGCUGAACAAGAGGCGAUGGCGAUGACUGGUGUUAGAUGCGCAUACAUGAACACUACUAUCCGGCCUGACGUGGCUACCAUCAAAGCCGCUUCAGAUAUCUUUAGUAAAGCUCUAGAACAAGUGAAAGGUUUUGAGGGUAUAGUUUCUUCCUUCACAUUACAACCAUAUCCCAAAUCACUUCUACAAAAGACAAAUAAGAGUGAUGACGAAACGAUCCUGGCUACUGCCAAAGGGGUAAUUGAAGCAAUUGACAAGGAGGCCGUCGCGAAAGGUCAAGAUGUGGCCUACAAAUACUUGAACUAUGCUUUUGAUUUUCAGAAUCAGAUUGGCUCUUACGGAGUGAAGAACAAGGAAAUGCUUCAGGAGGUAAGUAGGAAGUAUGAUUCUGAGGGCCUCUUUCAGAAGGGAGUUCCAGGGGGGUUCAAACUGUUCACUUAA